ACGAAAUUAACUUUUAAUUUGUGACUAAUUUUCUUGGAUUGCAUUCAAAACGAGUUUUUGGUUUUUAAUAAUAUUUAUAAAUAUUAAAAAAAUUAUAUAUAUUUUUUGGUGGCAAUGAAUAUAUUUCGUAAAAAUCAAAUCCUGACGUAUCUAUACCUUAGAUCCGAGGAUAAGAAUAAUCCAUUAGAAAACCACAACCGGGAGUUCAUUGACGAUGGUGUGACACAAAUCAUAUCAUGUCAUCCCAACUAUAAGGACCCCUUCGUGAGGGCACAUAAUUUCAUAUUACGAGGCGAUGGACCCCUUUCCUAUCCCACCCGGCAAUACAUUGCUAUUAUG